UCAGACAGGAACCAGUGGAAGGGAGCUUGACAAAUCAAGAUGGCGUCCCACGCCGAAGCAGGAAAGAGGUUUCAAAAUAAAUAAAACUCAUCCGGAGGACAGUGCGACUUGAGCGGCGCUUGGACAGAUACGUCGGUUGUAUUUCGACAGAGCAGGACGAAGCAGAUACCGUUCUGUUUUCAGAGUCUCUAAAUGGCUGCGAGGAAGUCUGGAUCAGAUGCAUACAACAAUGGACCCAUCAGCUACCUUGAUGAAGUUCCCUUCAAGGUUAACGACAAGUUUCGCUGCCCAGCCAAAGUUGGGCUGCCUGUUGGUUUCUGCUUGCCUGACUGUGGCUCUUUGCUGGUGGACACACAGUAUGACUUUUCUCUGGAGAGACGUAGCGUGCGCUGGGGGAUUGAACUGGCGGAGGCCAGAGCAGCAGAGGCCCGAGCAGAGGAGGCAGCUCACAAGCAGGAGGCAGACAGCAGGGAGUGUUUGGCUAAGGCCCAGGACAUUGAUGGUGGUGGAGGGAAAAAACCCCGGUCAGCUGCAGAUGAUCAGGACCUUCUACCACCAGCAUUGAACCCCGUCCUGGCGGGGCUGAGCCAUAAUGCCAUCCUCACUCCACUGCCUGCCCCAAGACUUGGCCCCAGAAAAGCCCCGCCUAGUAUUCCUCAGCUGCACAGCCUCAACCUAGCAGACUUUGAGCGGGAAGAGGACCCUUUUGACAAGCUGGAGCUCAAAACUUUGGACGAUAGGGAGGAGCUCAGGAACAUUCUCCAGAGCCAGCCCCAACCUCAGCCGCCUCCCUCUGUAUCCCCACCAGAGCUUUCCCAGAUAGGGUCUGUGUCCCGAGGAAACAGCCCAUCUCCUCCAAGCAGCAACACCAGCCUCCCAGCCAAACCAGGCUUCAGCCACAAACCCAACGGGUUGGUUGCCUUGCUGGACAUGGACAGGGUUGGACAUCAUGGGAGAGUGGGAUUUGAAACAGAUGACCGACCCUGUAACAUCCGCUCUCUGACUUUUCCCAAGCUCUCUGAUUCUGGUGACUCAGAACCAGUGAGGUACAGCCACCUACCUGCACCCAUUCCUGCUCACAGACAGAACCUCCCCAACGGAAGCCCUCCGACCAUUCCCAAGACCCAAGUUAUUGUUGCCCCUGAGCCACCUAGCCACAUCAAGAGUGCUCCACCUAAACAGAACAACCCAGGGUCAGGAUCGGCUGGUCUGCCGUGUGGUGGAGCCCUACUAAGCAUGACUCCCAGCGAGCGUCAAUGUGUGGAGACCCUUGUAGGCAUGGGAUACUCCUAUGAGGGGGUCCUACGGGCCAUGCAGAGACAAGGACAAAACGUGGAGCAGGUACUGGACUAUCUUAUUUUAUCUGGACGUCUGUGUGAUCGGGGCUUUGAUGCAAGUCAAGUGGAGGAAUGUUUAGAGAUGUACCAAUGCUCAGAGGAAAAGACCCUGCAGUUUCUUGAACUAAUGUCAAGAUUUGGUGAAAUGGGAUUUGAGCGGGACGCCAUCAAAGAGGUGCUGCUUGUCCACAACAAUGAUCAGGACAAGGCUCUAGAGGACCUGAUGGCUCGUGCUGCAGCCAGCUGAGCCGAGCUAACCAGCCCACCGGAGCCCAGCCCAGGGCUUGCUUCCCACCACCACCCGACACAGUCCCCUUCUGCCUAUCCCAUCACACCAUGCCCUGUCCUUGCCUUGGCUGUGGAGGGGACAGCUGGGAAACAGUUGUAUUUCGCUCUGUGCUUAAGCGUAUUGUGUCUCAGCACUUCUUAAAGACCAUGUGCCUAGAUUGGAGGGGGGGUCAAAGUGUAACCAUUCUUCAUGGUGGAGGUUUCCUUUGGUUUUUAAGAAAUCCUGGAGAUGAGCUCCAGGAUUUGGUACUGUUAGAUUAUUCAAGAACGACCGAGCUUUGAUGGAGAAACUGGAAGAAAUGGGCUGUGGCAUUUAAUGCCAUUCUGAUUUGCUUCCACCAAGUGUUUAUUAUUCUGCUGGCAAAGCUUCAGGACGGAAAGGGGAGCCGGUGACACCAUGUGCCCACGGACCGACCAGUCUGAACUCUUGAAGCUCCAAAAGAAUUAAGCUGCCAUCUUCCACUGCUCAGUGCAGACCUAGUAACUGUUGGAGGUGAUGGGGGGGGGGGGUUCGUGUAAAACCGAACUAACUAACAUUAAAAAAAGAAAAGAAUGGAAGAGGAAAAAACCCAGGCGGUGACCAGACAGAUAUCCGACUCCCUGGAAGUGCCCUCUCUGCUCUGAUGCCCUGCAACUAGCUCUGUUCGACUCUAUGCUUUCAUUCAUUCACGUUUUUCUGUUCGUUUGAGCACUUUUUUUCAUGUCAGUUCAAAGAUUCCAUUUCUUUGCUUUAAGGUUUAGGAAACAACAAUUGAUCUUUAGUCAUUAUAACUCAGAACGUAAGAGAUACUACUGCCCCAGUGUUGCUCUUUGACCUGCACAGGAAUGGCCUGAUGAAAGAGUGGGGAGAGAUGGUGGGGAAGUUCGUCUGCAGGAGAUAAGAAACAUCCCAUAACCCUCUGGCGCUGAGGUGUUGCAUACUGCACACACGUUUCAUAAUUCUAAACUUAUUUAAAACAGUACACUGACACAUUCAUUUAAGAGUUCGAUAUGUUGAUGUCAGCUAUGUUAACUUACAAAAGUGAUGCUCUUAACUAUCACACACUUCUGUUUGUAGACUGGAAAAGAGCGAGUGGUUUAACAAGAAACAAGAUGUAAGUGAGGAUUGUUCCUGCAGCCUCAUCACUGUGCAAUAGACAUGUUUCUUAUUGUGUGACUGUUUGACAUUUUCAAGUUAUUGUUGGGAGGUAAGGAAAUUCUUUUCAAGCCUUGCUGGGAAUUUGGAUGUAACUAGAGGUUUGGAUUUCAGUGUUUUCUAUCAUUUUUUCUCUGUUAUUGGAUUUCAUGCCACAAAAUCUUAUCAAACAUGACUUCAAAUUUGUUGACUGGUCCAUCUUGUUUUCUCUUGUUUGAAUAUGAAAUGAGAGUUCAACUUGAUUUUAGGUUUGUUAGCAUCUCCACUGUCUUAAAUGUAAAGUUGAAAGGUCAGUCACCACAUGCUAGAAGUGUUUUCACACGUGUUAAGUGGUCGUCAUCCUUAAUUUUUUGUCAACCUAAAUAUGGUCUAAGAAAUGUUAGCUCAGCUGCACCAAGGGCAAAGAGGGCAGAAGUUCUCAUGAUUAAGGGCUUGAAUUUGGAAAAUGUCUCUGAGAAAUGCUCCUGAAUUCAAACCUGGGCUAGUCACUGGUUAUCUGCUCCACAAAUGCAAAUGUACUUUUUUUAACUACAAGUGUAUUUUACAACAACCCAGGGGUUUGGUUGAUUCAGACAUCACUCUCUAUUUGUUUGAUUGAAAAUUUUUUCCACCAAAUGAUUGCAGAUAAACAGUACCACUCCACCCAGAGGGAUGAGCAUGUGCUUUCAGUAAGUUAAAACGGCAUCCUGAAAGUGACAACACAAAGCAUCCACUAAAAAGUGUGUUAGCACAUUUCAAUUAUAUGUCUGGUGUCCUGUAUGUUGUUGAUACCGUAAUUGGCAAAUAAGUGCUGUCACCAUUUACCUCUUUUAAUUAACUGUGAAAAAGUAGAGCAUGUCUCUUACCUCACAGAUUAUCACAUGAGAGGUGUUGUCUUCAUACACUACUCAAGUGUGGUUUUGUUGAUCCUAUGCAAAACAAGCUGAUGUCCACUUGCCUCUCUCGCUCUGACAGCCACAAAAGCUUGGCUGACUUCCGUACAGCAGGUUCUGGAGCUUCUGCAUCAAUGCCCCCUUCCACCCCUGUUGUGACCUUUCAGUUCUGUGGGGAUGAGGUGCAACUGGGUUCUCAUUAUUUAAGGGUUUUACGUUUGAAGGUUUGUUUAUCAGAUCCACUUUAAGUCACUUCGUAGUAGAACACUGGGGGCUCUAAUUCAUCUAAUGGACAUUGAUCUUAAUGGUAAAAUGAAAGUCUGGUGAAAUGAGGGUUUGUUCCCAAGCUUCUCAAACAAUUGCAAAAUGUUCAAUUCCCUUUUGGAUCAGCUGGAAAAUCCGUAUGAUUAAAUGUGCACAUCUUUUUCAGUG